CAAAUGCUCAUGUGGGUAAUCUGCUUUAACUGUCUCCGAUUUGAUUUGAGUAGCAUAUUAAUAGUUUCUCUUGUCGCGUUGGAAUCUAAAACUGGUUAACUAGCUAGCUAACUAGCAACCGUUAGCUGCUGGCUUAAACUAGUGGUAACGUUAAGAUACCUAGCUGUCUCGCUAAUCGUAACUUUGUUAGCUUGUUAGCUAGUAGUUGUCAUAUACUAGUAUACUAAGGACCUGCCGUUAUUCUUAAUAAAGUUGCAGCUGUUCAUGUUUUCAUAGAACUAUAACGUUCAUCGUACCUACAUUAUGUCGCCAGUUUUUAAAGCGAACGCGCUAGUUAUCUGUGGAAUAAAUAACCUAUUAUUGAUAGACGUUGGCAAUGAGCUACACAGAAACGGUAGCUAGCAAAUCCUGCUUUUGUUAUCCUUGCAAGAGUUGCCCAAGUCAGGGCCACGUCGUACACAUAAUUAACGUUUUUCAAAAAUACAGUUCUGAUAAUACUUUGCAACUAUUUUCAAAUAUGAACUAUAGCCCUUACACCACCAAAUAGCAAGUCAAGAAGAGAGUAGUGUACAGACAUUUUGGUGGUACAUUUUAGGAUUUUCAACGUCUGGUCUCCUGGCCCUGAAGAUUACUGCCGUCACGCUCACCAUGACCAAGCUACUAGAGUGGGUGUUCGGCAUCAUGAUAGUAGGGGCUGCAUGGGCCCUUGUGACUUUUGACCUUCUGGAUUUAAGGCUCCCGGAGGCCUACAGGCAGGUGGCCUGGCCCAUGCCCGUGUACCUUCUGGUGGUGUUUGGCUGCUACUCGCUGGCCACUGUUGGAUACAGGGUGGCCACCUUUAAUGACUGUGAGGAGGCAUCCAUAGAACUACAGGCUCAAAUACAGGAGGCCAAGGAGGACCUGAGGAGAAAAGGGCUGAAGCUGUGAAAAGAUUCCAGAGAUGAUUAUUGAAUGACUGUGGUAGACACCGAAAAGACAGAAUCCAACACAUACAUUAACACAAGCUCUUAUCCUGGACCGUGUUGUUAUUUUAUUUCAGUUCCAACGUCCAAAGAGUGCAGAAAGUCUAUAAACCCCUGAAGGUUCUUGCUGAGUUACAUAGGCAUUUGGAUGCUGCAGUGUCUUUUGGAUUCACUCUUUACAGAUGGACUGCAUUACCAUUCUGCUGACUUGUCCAUCCUCCAUUACUGACAGCAUUAUCCAUUACCCAUUUUGAAAGUCUGCAUCUUCAAAUGUUGUUUUCCUGUGAUCUUGUUUCCUAGUAGAAAAAAAAAUGAAUAGGCCUAAUAGGGCUUUUGAUUUUAACUGGUUGAAUAUUAACUGCUCAUAGAAAUUUAUUUUGUAUACAUAGCUGCGAAUAAUUAUUUUGGGUUUAAUCCAGUAACAUCAAGGGAACCUGGGUAAAGACAUGAAAUGUUUGUAGUUUCAUGAAAACCAUAUAAAGGGCACUUUGUGCACUGUUUAGGAAAUAGACGAGAGCCUUUAGGAAUGUAACACAGUCACAUUAUUGUUCUCUGAUGAAGUGCAGGUCAUUGUGAAAUGUCGUCUAAUGAAAGCCAAGGGUCACAUGGAUACAGAUCUGCACUAGAAACUAGUUUUUGCCACCAAAAUGUCAAACAUUUGCUGUGAAGUUAAUUUAUCAAUGGAGUGGAGAUUCAAUUGUUGAUUGCGUCGGCUAUUUUUUGUUCAAGAAGCGCACAUUCCAAUCUAAUUUUUCAGACUUGUGUCCGGAGGCGGUUGCAACUUAAUAAAGAGUCGCUAUUUUUCCCAAAACUCUG